AUGAGUUCAACAAAUGAAACCGAACCUGAAACUUGGCUCUAUGAUGAAACGAACAAAGACUAUGCCUAUGACUAUCACAAGGCAUUCUUAUCAAUGUUGAACUCCGUCGAUGCACCUUGUUCUCAUUGGCUAUUGAAAUCGUCUGAUCAUGCAUUAUAUCCCGAUACUUUUUCCCGUCACUAUCCGAAUGCGAAAAUGAUUAUGCCUCAUCGUCAUCGUGACCACGUUUUACCAUCGGCUUGUCAUGAAUUCGAAACAACCAUGACUGCUUGGCUUCGUGAUAAUCCUCAAGGUAAACAAGGGCGACAUACAUACAAUUUAGCCGAGUAUGGUCUCAAUUGUGACGAUAUCGAAGCACGGUAUGCUGAGUACAUUAAUAUGUUUCUUCCUGCUCGAAAGAACUUUUCAUGA